GUAAUGUGGAUAUGCAUACAAAGCAGAACUUAAUAAAGAAGAAGCAGAUCUAGUGCAAGUUAAGGAAAAAAGAAGAAAGAAUUGAGGAUGAGGAUGGAAAUAGAGGAAGUAAGCAGCUAUGAGGCAUUGCCACUUCUCUCACUGAAUCAUGUGUCUCUCAUGUGUAGAUCAGUGUGGGAUUCAGUGCGGUUCUAUGAAGAUGUAUUGGGCUUUGUUCUCAUCAAACGCCCUUCUUCUUUCAAUUUUAAUGGAGCUUGGUUGUACAACUAUGGUAUUGGGAUACACUUGAUCGAGAACCCGUCAAUUGAUGACUUCGACACCAUCAAUGAACCACGACCGAUUAAUCCUAAGGAUAACCACAUAUCCUUCCAAUGCACGGAUGUUGGGCUGGUGAAGAGGAGGCUGGAAGAAAUGGGAAUGAGAUAUGUGACAGCAGUGGUAGAAGACGAUGGGGUGAAGGUUGAUCAAGUGUUCUUCCAUGACCCAGAUGGGUACAUGGUGGAGUUAUGCAACUGUGAGAACAUUCCAAUUCUGCCACUGUCUUCCUGCUCAUUCAAGCCCAGAAUGGGGAGUUUCAAGAGACAAGCACCAAACAACUGUGGAUUUAUGGAGAAUGUGAUGAUGGAGAGCCUCAGCAUGGACAUGAUGAACUUCUCAUUUUGAGGUUGCAAGAUGUGACCCAUUUCAUUUUGUUUAAAUUAAAAGUAUAUGUUAUUUUGAAAUGUGAAUUU